GCCCCUUCUCAUUUCGCUCUAAUCCAGUACCUUCUCAUUUCUUUCCGAAGUUUAGCCUCAAAUCUUGAUCUCACUGAUGAAGAAUCAAUGGCGUGUUCUUCUUCUUCGCGCUCAGCAUCGCGCUGGCAUUUACGCUUCCAAUCAUUUCUCGCAACCUCAGUUUCAGGUACACCUCAAUCCAAAUUUACAGUCACUUCGAUCUAUCACUUCACUCCUGCAUUCCCACUCUCUUCAAAACCAAGCUUCCUUACGCUCUACUGGUUUACUUGAUUUCUUAAACCCCAUAAACACCACCACUCGUUGUUUCUCUUCUGAGACUGCACUUGAGCAGAAUGAAUCGGAUCACGUUGUUCUUGUUGCCGAUAUAUUCUCGAAACCCAGGACCUGUGAUGACAUUAAGAAAGAAAUUGAAUUGAAUAAUAUUGCGAUUAACCAUGAUAUGGUGCUUAAGCUUUUAUGGAAGCUAGGUUCUAGCCCUGACGUUGCUAGGAGGCUUUUUGACUGGGUUUUGGAGAGUGAUUGUGAGAGGUUGAGCUCGAAAUCCUAUAACAUGAUGUUAUCUAUUUUGGGAACCAAUGGUCUCGUCAAUGAGUUCUGGGACAUGGUAGCUGUUAUGAAGAAAAAGGGUUAUGGGGUAUCAAAAGGUGUACGCGAUAAAGUCUUGAAAAGCUUUGAAGAGAGUGGAAGGAAUGGUGAUAUUGAGAAGUUGAAAGCUUUGUUUGCGUCAGGUUCUAUUGAUAAUUCAGCUGAGAAGAUGUGCUCAAAGAUCAGUAAAAUUGUGAGGCAUGACGUCUGGAGUGAUGACGUUGAAAAGAACAUCUUGGACUUGAGUAUUGCGUUCUCUAGUGAUAUGAUUACUUCAAUUUUGGAUAAUCUUGGUACUGAUCCAAAUAAAGCGCUGAUAUUUUUCUUGUGGCUAGAGGAGAGUGGGCAGUUUAAACAUGAUGGCUGCACCUAUAAUGCGAUGGCCAGGGUGCUAGGAAGGGAAGAUUCAAUUGAUAGGUUUUGGAAACUCGUUCAUGAAAUGAGGAACAAAGGGCAUGAAAUGCAAUCAGAAACAUAUGUUAAGGUUUUAGGACGGUUUUGUAAACGGAAGAUGAUUAAGGAUGCUGUUGAACUGUAUGAAUUUGCUAUGGCUGGGGCACAUAAACCUUCACCCCAAUGCUGUACCUUUCUGUUGAAGAAAAUUGCGGUCAGUAAGCAGUUUGAUAUGACUUUGCUUUCGAGGGUUGUGAAGGUUUUUACUGGAAGUGGGAAUGUGUUGACAAGUUCUACUGUUGAUUCUGUGUUGAAGUCUUUGACUACUGUUGGCAGGUCUUGGGAGUGCAACAAGGUUUUGAAAGCACUGGAGGAUGGUGGGGUCGCGGCUACUGGUGAUAUACAGAGUAAAAUUGCUUUUCUGCUUAGUGCUUCUGGUAACGAGGAAGAAGCUUCAGAAUUUAUCAAUAACAUUGAAGCGUCUGGGUCUAAUCUGGAUCACAAGGCAUGGGAAUCCUUAAUUGAGGGGCACUGUCGUGCUGGGAACCUUGAUAAAGCUUAUCAUUCUUUUCAAAAGAUGGUUGAGAAAGAAGGUGUCACUUCUGCAAACCAUGGUUUCGAUUUGUUAAUGAAUGCAUAUUGCCAAGAGAACAGGGCUAUUGAUGCAUGCAAGAUCCUCAUCCAAUUGGUGAGGGAACAACAGUUAGAGCCCUGGCAUUCUACCUACAAGUCUCUAAUAACGAAGCUACUGGUUCAGGGAGGAUUUUCGGAUGCCAUAAACAUUUUGGGUUUAAUGAGAAGUCAUGGUUUCCCACCUUUUAUUGAUCCAUUUAUUGAACAUGUAUCAAAGGGUGGAACCGGAACUGAUGCUGUUAUGUUUCUCAGGGGGAUGACUUCCAAGAGGUUUCCAUCUACAUCGGUUUUUCUCCGUAUGUUUGAUGCCUUUUCCAAGCAAGGAAAGCACGACGAAGCUCACAACCUCCUCUCCAAAUGUCCACGCUACAUUCGUAACAAUGCUGAUGUCUUGAAUUUCUUUUGUUCCAUGAAGCCUAAAGAAGGUAACACUUCUGGUAUAUUGGCUUCUUAAGCCUGUAGGGAUGUAUCUCAUAUUGUACCCUUUUGGAGAAGGCAAUUGGAAAAAUUUUGAGUAUUUAUUCUUUAGCCCUUGAUCUGAAAUCAUUGAUUUGUGGGAUUUAGAUAUAACAAAUAACCAAAAGUUCUCACA